AUGAACAACCAAACAUAUUAUGAGCUCUACCGACGUUCUAGCAUCGGCAUGUCACUCACCGAUGCUCUGGACGACCUCAUCAGUGAGGGUCGCAUCGCGCCCCAGCUUGCUAUGAAGAUCUUAUCUAACUUUGAUCGCACCAUUACUGAGGUUUUGGCUGAUAAAGUCAAGGCAAAUUUGACGUUCAAGGGCCACUUGGACACGUACCGCUUCUGCGACGAAGUUUGGACCUUUUUGAUAAAGGAUGUCACUUUCAAAUUUCAGCAGCCACAAAACCCCAGCGUUACGGCAGAAAAAGUCAAGAUCGUCUCUUGUAAUUCGAAGCGACCUGGGGAACAGUAG